AAACACAUCUCAACCAAUCCCAAUGGAAUCAAACAUUCCCAGCCUUCCCUUUUGCCCUCCACCAAAGGACCAAAAAGGUGAAAACAAAAUCCAAUUUUUUGACUUCACCUCAUUACAAAAAGAAGGAAAAGUACCAAAAGAAUUUAUUUGGCCUUCAGAAAAUUGGGUGAAAAGCAGUGGUGAAAUUAUCAAACUACCCCUUAUUGACAUAGGAGCCAUCAAGAGUGAUGAGGCUGCAAUGUCCUAUGCUGCUGAAAUUGUGAGAAAAGCAUGCAUAGAACAUGGUGCUUUUGAAGUCACUAACAUUGGUGUUGACUCAGAUUUCAUCAAUGAUGUACUUCAAGAAACUAACAAUAUUUUCAAGCUUCCAUUGAGUAAGAAGAUUAGUGCUAUAGCUAAAGACUCUGGAUUUUCAGUUGCUCAUGCAGAGAGGUAUACUACUGUAUUGCCAUGGAAAGAGACAUUUACUUUCAUGUUCAAACACAACACCAAAAAUGACACACAAGUUGUUGAUGCCAUUGAUUCUCUCUUAGGUGAAGAGUUCCAACAAGCUGGGUUGGUGUAUCAAAAGUACUGCAAUGCAAUGAAUGAAUUAUCUGAAGUGAUUAUGGAGCUAUUGGCCAUUAGUUUGGGUGUGGAUCGCAAGCAUUAUCAAAGGUUUUUUGAAGAUGCUGAGUCAAUGAUGAGAUGCAACUUUUACCCUCCAUGUAGUGCUAGCCUUAGUGGUGCUCUUGGCAAUGGGCCUCAUUGUGACCCAAUCUCAAUUACCAUUCUCCUUCAAGAUCAAGUUGGAGGUUUAGAAAUUUUUGCAGAUAACAAAUGGCUUGCUCUUCCCCCAAAACCUAAUACACUUGUCAUCAACAUUGGUGAUACUUUCAUGGCACUGACGAAUGGGCUAUACAAGAGUUGCCUACAUAGAGUAUUGGUUAGCAACAAAGUGGAGAGGAAGUCCCUAACUUUCUUUAUGAAUCCAAGAGGAGACAAAAUAGUGAGUCCCCCAAAAGAACUUUUGGGAAAAGAUGAGGCAAGAAAAUAUCCUGAUUACAAAUGGUUAGAUCUAUAUAAAUUUACACAAAAAACUCGUAGGGUUGAUGCUAAAACACUUGAUAGUUUCAUCGCUUGGCGUAGCUCUUCACAGCCAUCCAACUCUAAUUAGUUGCUUUCGAUAUUUGGUGCUAAUAAGUAAUCAAUAAUGCAUCUAAUAAUAAAACUUUUUGUAUCGAUUAAUAAAUAUUGUACCUUUGGUUGAUACAUUUGUAUUAAGACAUUUUUUACCUCAAGUUCAUUAGGAA